AUGACUGUCAAAACUAAGGACCAUUCUUACGUCUUCCAGAGAAAGAUCUCUGAUAAGGGACUACUAUGUGUGGGUUCCAAAGGAGAUGGGAUGUACAUUAUUCUUGAAGAUCCCAAAACAAGAGAACGGAAAGUUCUUAUGGAUGGUAUUUCCGGUGCUGCUGUUUGUUCGUUGGGUCAUAAUGAUCCCGAAAUCAUCGAUCAACUUUCCGAUUUUGCUAGAGAGUCUGCAUACACCUUUGGUGGCCAUUACGGUAACUAUUCAGCUGAAAACCUUUCCAAAUUUUUGUGUGACAAGUCGAAAGGAUUGUUUAGUUCCUGCUUAUGGACGGGUUCCGGUUCUGAGGCCAACGAGAACGCCAUGAAAAUUAUGAGACAGUACCAUUUGGAGAGAGGUGAUCCUAACAGAUACAAAUUUAUCUCUAGAAAGCAGUCCUACCAUGGUUUUACCAUCGGCUCCUUAUCUCUUGGAGAUUGUGCCAGAAAACCUCCUUUCAAACCUAUUUUGCUCAGUGAUGAGUGCACUCCAAAAAUCGCUCAAUGCUACCCUUACCGUGGCAUCAAGUCUGGAAUGACUGAGGAAGACUACACCAACGAGCUUCUAGCCAAUGCAGAGAAAGUUUUUAUUGAGAACGAUCCUUCUACAAUCGCCGGUGUUGUAGUGGAGACUGUUGGUGGUUCUACCAUGGGAACUCCUACUCCUCCAAAAGGUUAUUUAGAUGGACUCAGAGAAAUAACUCAUAAGUAUGGUGCUUUAUUCAUGUGCGAUGAGGUUAUGUGUGGAUUGGGUCGGUGCGGCUAUCCUUUCACUUUUCUUCAUCCUGAAUUUGGCCUAUCCUCAGGAGGUCCAGAUCUGAUCACCGUUGGUAAGACAAUUGGUUCAGGUAUAGUCACUUUGGCUGGUGUUAUGAUAUCUCCCAAAGUUGUUGAUGCCUUUGAAGAGGGCUCCAAUUUGAUCGUUGGCGCCCAGACAUAUCAUUGCCAUGCUCUCAAUUGCAGGGUUGGAUUGGCAGUUCAGCAGAAGAUUUACAGAGAUAACCUUAUCGAGAAUGUGAGAAUCCUCGGAGAUAAGAUGAAAGCAGACCUCAAGGAGCAGUUGAAGGACUGUAAAGUUGCCGGUGACGUUAGAGGCGCUGGUAACUUUCUUACCGUAGAGGCUGUCAAAGACAGAGAGUCCAAGGAACCCUUUGAUCAUAAGUUUAACAUUGGCAGUGUGAUGGAACAGAAAUGCUUUGAUAAAGGAUUGAUUGUUAUGGGUGCUUCGGGAACCAUUGGUAACGAGCAAGUCAAUGAUAACGAGGUUAUUGGCUAUGGUGAUCACUGUACCAUUGGUCCUGCUUUCACAUUCACCGAGGGCCAAGCAAAUUUCAUGGUCAAGACUAUAGUUGAGACCUUCAAAGAGAUCGAGAGAGAGUAUCUAUGA